AUGGUUAAGACGUUGGCAAAUCGGAAACAACAUACCACAUUGGAGCACAGCCAAGACAAGGCACAACAAUUCAAGGGAGUGCGAAUGAGAAAAUGGGGGAAAUGGGUUUCCGAAGUGAGAGUGCCCAAUUCCAGGGUUAGAAUUUGGCUGGGGUCUUAUGAUUUUCCUUAUCAGGCCGCUCGGGCUUAUGACUGUGCAAUUUACUGCCUCAGAGGAUCCCAAGCCAAGUUUAAUUUCCCCGACUCCCUGCCGGAAAUUCCGUCCGCCUCUUCACUAUCUCCUGCACAAAUUCAAUCUGUGGCGGCCAAAUUUGCUCUGCAAGAAUUCCGGCAGGUUCCGGAUAACGGCGCCGUAUUUUCUGCUUCGAAAUCCCAGUCUUGUAUGGAGAGGGAGCAGAUGUUCGAGGAGCAGGGGUUGACACUGCUCGAUUCGCUUCUUGGGGAUAUGACCGAUUUUGAGGAUUUUCCAACAUUAGAGGAAGUCGUUGAGAAUAGUUAUUUUCCUAUACUUGCGGAAGAGCAUACAGGGCUUUUUCCGCAGCGGACGGAAGACCUGCGAGAAUUCCGGGUGGGGUCGCAGGUGGCAGAUUGUGGAUCUGGCCUACAGCUGCAGAGGACUUGCGUGAAGAUGACGCGAAGAGGAAAUAGAAAUGAUGGAGUGCAUGGAAAUGAAAACCCUGCUGUGAUGGAAAUGUUGAGAGGAAUUGCAGCCCGAUUAGAAGCUGUUGAAACGGCCUAG